AUGACUAGUGAUAUGAAGCACCACGGUACAGCUAGUGAUGCCAGCGGCGUUACUGCCGUCUCCCAGGAUGGCGCAUCACAUAAAUCUUUCGAUGUUGAACAUGAGAACGAGAUCGAACGCCAAAAGACGCAAAAGCAGGAUCUCGAUGUCCCCCUUGGCGAAAAGGUUCAAACGAUUGAGGAAAAAUCGGCUGUUCCCGAACUAGAUCGUACUCCAUCCCAGGCCGCAAAGAUGGGGAACAAAAAGAUUGUUGUGGUCAUUCUGGCUCUUUGUAUGGCUUUGUUCUUGGCAGCUUUGGAUAUGACUAUCGUUUCGACUGCGCUGCCCACUAUCGCAACAGACUUUAAUGCUUCUGAGGGUGGUUACUCAUGGAUCGCUUCUUCUUAUCUUUUAGCAAAUGCAGCUUGCAUUCCUCUGUGGGGAAAAAUCAGUGACAUCUGGGGAAGAAAGUACAUUAUCCUGUUGGCUAAUGUGGUCUUCCUCGUCGGUAGUCUGAUUUGUGCUCUGGCCAAGAACAUGGCAAUGAUUCUUGCUGGUCGUGCAGUUCAAGGUUCUGGUGGCGGUGGAAUUGUUAUUCUUGCCAAUAUCAGUGUAUCUGACUUGUUCAGCUUGAGAGAUCGUCCUAUGUAUUACGGCAUCUUUGGAGCCGUUUGGGCCGUUGCUGGAGCUUUAGGUCCUAUAAUCGGUGGUGCUUUCACAACAGACGCUACCUGGAGAUGGUGUUUCUGGAUUAACUUGCCUAUCGGCGGUGUCUCUCUUGUCAUCUUGACCUUUUUCUUGCACAUUGAGUCGCCUAAGACUCCUUUUCUAGAGGGCCUGCGCAGCAUAGACUGGACAGGUACCUUCCUCAUCGUUGGCGGCACUCUCAUGUUCCUCUUCGGACUGGAGUUCGGAGGUAGUAGCUACCCUUGGGCUUCGGCGACUGUCAUCUGCCUCAUCAUUUUUGGCGUGGUGACCUGGGUCAUAGCCAUGUUGGUGGAAUGGAAGUUUGCCAAGUACCCAGUUAUUCCGCCGCGUCUCUUCGACUCAUGGUACAACAAGUUGAUCCUUUUGAUCUGCUACUGCCACGGAUUCGUCUUCAUCUCCGGAACCUACUAUCUCCCACUUUACUUCCAAACCGUCCUUCUCGCAUCCCCGAUCAUGAGUGGUGUAUAUGUCUUGCCACUUGUGAUAGCCCUUUCAGUCGGUUCUGCCGCUACUGGUGUCAUCAUCAAGAAGACUGGUCGGUACCGCGAGCUUAUUAUCGUCGGAAUGGCCGUGUUGACUCUUGGCUGGGGGCUGUUCAUCGAUCUGAAGCCUUAUGCCUCAUGGCCCCGUAUCAUCAUUUACCAGCUCAUCGCCGGUGCCGGUAUUGGCCCCAACUUCCAGUCUCCUCUGGUAGCCUUCCAAGCCAACAUCCGGCCUGCCGAUAUGGCUACCGCGACGGCAAUAUUUGGAUUUGUCCGCCAGCUGUCUAUGUCCAUGUCCGUUGUCCUCGGCACAGUCAUAUACCAAAACGUAAUGAGCCAACAAUCCGCCACUCUCACAGCUGCCAUCGGCCCCAAACUUACCGCCGAGAUCUCUUCAUCCUUUGCUGGCUCUUCCAAGAGUCUUAUCCAAGGCCUUACCCAUUCUCAGCGUACGGUUGUUCUAGAUGCCUUCACUAAAUCCUUGGACCGCAUGUGGAUCUUCUACACAUGCAUGGCAGCUGUUGGUUUCAUUUUCUCUCUAUUCAUUCGACCCCGCGAAUUGACCACAACUCACACCGUUCAAAAGACGGGUCUUGCUGAGCAAGAACGUGCCCGCCAGGAGCGACUGGACUCUGAACGCAAGACCGAGGGAACUCCCAAUCUUGACGUUUAA